CCCUAGUGCUAUGCAGUCUCUGCGUGCGUUCUGAAUAAUAUAAUGGCUUUUAUUACUUUUUGAAAACGAAAGAAUGUUUUAAUGAGCGAAUAUCCGAACAUGAAAAACCAGUGUUCGUCCCAACACUAAUGUUUAUACACGCACAAAGAAACUGGAAGAAAGCGAAACUGAAGGAGCAAACCCAGAUCAACAGGUCCCUCAGGAAGAGCAUGGAGAGAACAAGCAAGAAACUGCUAGAGAAGGAAUCCAAACUUGCAGAGGCCAGCAAGAUGAUCACCGUUUUGAGAGCAGAGAUUCUGGAGCUCCUGCGCAAGUUUAAAAGCCAGGAGAUAAAGCUGACAACACGGGGAAGCGAGAGACAGGAGCAUGUGGAACAGAUGGAAUUGCUUCGCAAGAAAUGCCAGGAAGCCUUCCAAAAUACGCAAAAGCUACAAGCCUCUCAGGCCCUGAAUUCUGAAAAUGAGCUGAAGAUACAGGAACUAGAGAUGAAGCUAGCUUUACAGGAGCAAGACUGUAUGAUCGUGAAGAAUAUGAAGACUGAUCUGUCACGACUUCCAGAUAUGGAGAGAGAACGGAAACGGCUGAGAGAGGAGAACACCUACUUCAGAAACUUGUUAUGAAACUGCAAGCCUGUGAGAAUUUGGAGCAUGCUACUGGACAAUAUCAGGGUUCAACUUUCAAAGUCGCAAGAGGAGGCUGGGGCUUUCAAACUCCAAGCUCAAACAGCUUGUUCCUAAUGUUCUGGUGAUGAAAUGUGAUUUUUCUCUCCUGGUUCCCUGUCUGCUGACAUUCUACAUUGGUCUUUUUGGAUGAGACCGAAAAAAACAUCUCCUUAUAUGAUGCAUCGUAGAACAGGACAUAUGUUAUUUAUUUACUAUUAAAUUACUAUUUUGCAACUCGUUUAUGUUCAUGGAAAGGCUGUUACAAAGGGUGACUUUAGUGUAUAUAACAAAACGACUACAUUACCCAAGGUCCUCGGAUCCGGAAGAUCAUGUGAUAAGGACAAGGAGGGAGAACUAUUUACUAUGUUACAAAG